CCCGCCACAUGAAAGCCUUCCUAAGCGCCCGGUGUGUGCGUGCGGUUUGAGGGGAGGUAGAGAGUAUGGAAAAUGCCUGAAGUUGACACAGGUGACGGGGUGUCCGUGAGCCCAUUUGGAGAAUGGUAUGUGUGUUGUCAGGUUGACGAAGGAAGCGACCGUCAGAUUCUUCCGUCAGAUGGGCAUUGACGCAUCGGAAAAAGGCAGGCAUCAUUGUCUCAUCGUCUCCAUGCCACCCACCCACCCAUCCAUGCCAUCAUGAGGCGUUCCCUGCAAACUCGCCCUCCCUACUCAAAAUGAGGCGUUCCCUGCAAACUCGCCCUCCCUACUCAAAACACACGCACACACGCACACGCACACGCACACGGGCACAUUCACACGGAACACGCAAGCCACACCACACCACACCAAGACAUACUGGAUGAACACAUGUGUAGACUCCACUCCUCUCUCAUUGACCAGCGGCCUGCCCGCCACCAAGCCAGCCACUAUAAAAGCCAUCCAUCCAGGUAGGCAGGUCGAGGGAGGCAGCAAGGAGCAAGCAGCGCAGUACAGACAAAGCGUACCUAGGACACACAAGCGAGACAGGCGAGACAUGCAUCAUGUGAAGGGAUACAAAACGUAGGCAGACAGACAGACAGACAGGCAGGGAAGGAGGAGGAGCGGUCCAUCGAGCUAGUCAUCAUGCACACAUGGCGUUCAUGCGACUGCUCGACUCGACUGACACACACAUGAGUGUAAUAAGCGGAUACGCAGGCGAGCGCGUGUGAGCGAAAAAGGCUCAACACCCAGCAUCCAUAUAACCCAAGUGGCUUGGCUGGCCGGCUGGCCAUCAAUCAGCCGCAGCCGUCCAGCCAGCCAGCAUCUCAUCUCAUCUACCACAUUCCAUGGUCGAACUGCCCUUUGACGAGGUCCUUCAUGGAAUUGUCCGACCCCAAGUUUCUCUCCAGCUCCCCCAUGUACAGCCCUGCCUGCCGACGAACACCUAAAGGACGGAGAUCACACACACACACACACACACACCGAUGGACAGCUACAGGGGUGGGCGCAUUCGUGUGAUGUGUACCUGAGAGGCACGUCCCGCCGCCUGCGAGAGCACAGCAAAUGUCUCCCUCGCCGAUGCACCGAUCUGCGCCGCCAGCCUGCACACGAGCAGACACACAGAUCAAAGGCACGUUCAGGAUGCCAUCCAUCCAGCAAUUCCUUCUUCCCUUUGUGUCGCUCCCUCCCUCCCUCCCUCUGAGUGCCUCCCUCUUAUCUACCUGGAGCCUGCGGCUGUCUGUGUUAUUGCGAGCCUUGAAGUCCACUUGCUCGUCCUUGUCGUCAAUCAGGGCCACGCCCUCUGCACACAUCCAUCCACACACAUGACGCCACACAGUUCUGUCAAGGGCUUGUGUGGUGGGUGCCGUGGGGUGCCCACAUACAUACCCUUGUCAGCCAUGAGGGAGUAGCCGCCAGCAAGGUGGAGGGUGAUGGACUCGCCGGGCACCUGCUGGAUCCAGUCGACGCGGAAUAUGGCCUCGUUGCCGUUGCUGAGCGUGUGCGUCAGCUGCACACACACGACAACGCACACGACACAUACGAGCAUCCGUCCAACAACAACAACAGUGUGUCUCUCUGUGUCUGUGUGUCAGUCUUACCGUCUUGAUGUCCUCAAAGUCCCGCACGCGCGUCUUGCCAGAGCCCACGUCGAGGAAGUUCGCACUGACAAUGUUGGGAUGAGUGCCUGACGGCCACACACACGUUCACCCACGCAUCCUUGCUUGAACGAACCCUCUGUCUUUGUGUGUGUGUGUGUGUGAGUGUGGUCAUUGCGGCUUACGAACGGAGAUGUGUCCGUCAGCUGCCUCGAGCAGACCCGUGUUGCGGACGACUCUGAUGUCCUUCAUGAUCUUGAGGGUGGCGAUCAUGAGAGCGAACAGGAUGCCGAGAGUGAGGAUCCAGAUGAUGGCCAUGAAGCACAUGCACCACCCAAGGCGCUUGUACCGCUUCUGAGACAAAACCACCUGCAGGCCACCGACACACAGACACAGACAGAGAGGGGUGACGGGCGUGCAGACAGACGUGUCUGUCUUUGUGCCGGCACGUGACUGACUGACCUGCUUGGCCGCCUCGAUGACUUCGUCAAUCUCAAACUUGCCGUCGCCGUCCUUGUCCAUAUCCUGCACCGCACCCAGCCGCCAAGGGUCACAGACACACACACCCGCCAUGCGCCGCUGCCUGCAGUGCAUGUGUCUCGGUCUUUGUCUCCCUUCACUCACUCACCUUGAGGACCUUGAGGAUGUCCUUUUGCAGCCUGCCUUCAGUGCCCGACGAGGCGAUGGCAUCGCUGAACUCCCUCGUGUGGCGGGUGCUGAUGCUGUGGCUGUUGCUGUCACUCACGUCAGCCUUCAUCCUCUCUGGCGCUAAAUAUGUAGAUCCGGCGAAGAUUAAAAGAGAGUGCGGCGACGGUGACUGGUUCCUUGGGAUUCUUCCAGCGCGGAGGAGUCUCGCGUUGGC